ACUUAAAAAUAACAUUUUUCCUCUUGACAGUUAAUCCCGGAAAGACAUCAAUUGUAGGAUACUCACUGGUUAUAUCAAAACGUCAAAAAGAUAGAUCUGAUUGUGUUUCUGUGAACUGGUGACAUUGAAAUUGAAUUCAGACGCCUGGAGAGCUUUGAGGGUACAUUUCAAGGAUUCUUUGCGGAACCUUUACAGGUUUUUUCGAGAGCUUGAACAGGUAACUGUCUUUUUAAAACGAUUGCGUGACUCUUCAAUUGCGUGUGUGAUGCUUCGGGGAUAUCAAUGGGAGUAAUUGUUUAGACCCCCCCAAGUACAGCUGUGGUACAUACCACUUGUGAGCACGAACUGGUUUAUGGAAUCGAACAACAAAAACUUUCAAUAAAGGUAUGCAUAUGCAAGGACGAACAAGAUCAAAUGUAAGACACGAUCUAUUGGUGCUACGACUGAUUUGYAGAAAACUCGUUAAUGUAAAACGCAUUUUGCUUCUUAUAUUUGCGUCAUGUGGGAUUUUCUUUUGGAUCAAUACUAUUCGUCCGGAUCCUACAUCAAUCACCCAAAGCAGUCGUCAUUUGAAUGUUUCCACGACCAACGCAUCAUUACACGUUAAGACCACACUGCCUACUCCAGCUUKUCAUCAUGUACAGCCUACAACUGCUAGACCUCGAGAGCAUGCUACACCGCCUUGCUAUCGUGGUCAAGAGAAGCGAUCRCAAAUGUACAAUCCAUCGACGACGUUCAGCRAUGGAACGAAUUUCCCUAUCAUCACACCACACAUCCAACCCAACAUUUCAGACAAAAACUUCUAUUUAGUGGUCGUUGUCAACUCUCAUCCAGGAAACGCAGCUCAUCGAUUGCUGAGAAAGGCAAUACGCGAAUCUUGGGGGAAAGACACAGAAAACAAUUGUACUAUCAAAUGGAGGUUGUUUUUCUCUCUAGGACUGAGCACAGAUAACAACUCAAACGAGUACAACCACCUUGAGGCCAUAAAGCAUAAUGAUGUUAUCAUUGGUCAAUUUAAAGAUAUUUAUACUAAUAUUGCAAUCAAAACUGUCAUGGCGCAUUGGUGGGCGUUUAAUACAUUUUCUUGUCGUUACGUCCUGAAAACUGAYGAUGACGUGUAUGUUCGCGUUAAUAAGCUUGUACACUGGUUGUAUAAUAGAGGAUCACCUGGAUGGUUUUUCGGUGGACGUAUCCACCCUGCACGGAAUAUUGUUCGUGAUCCGAAARGUAAAUGGCGCAAAUGGUAUAUUUCAAGGGAACAAUUCAACGAGUCUCUUUGGCCUCCGUUCUGUUAUGGAGCAUUUCAYGUGCUUUCUACCGAUGUCCUGCCGGUAUUUUUCUACUACACUCAGCUUCGUAAACCGUUUCAUACAGACGAUGCAUAYAUAGGYGUAGCAGCACGAGACUUAGGAAUUCAAAUCACGCAGUUACCUGGUUUCACAAUGGAUUUACCAAGAACUGACUGUCAGUUUCGGGAUAAAAUAGCUAUUGGACAUGAYAUAAGCCCGACUAAGAUGAUAGAGAUACACAAGACUUAUGAACGUCUAUCUCUCAAGAAGAACAUUAAAUGCUAGGUACAUACGUCAAGCUCGCUAGGAUUAAGUGGUCCCGUUGGUUCCUUUUUUCAUAUCAAACUCAUUGCAUACAGUUUGGAACAUUUGCCCCAGUGCGUCMCAGACCUAUUUUUUUCCUCACUUAGCAUGCGCAGUGACAUUCGAUAUCCCAAAACGCGAAGGAAUGCCAUGUUACAACACGGCGGAUAAAAGGCCGAAGAGAAAGUGUGUAACUACAAAGCUUAUAGACGAAAUGGRUUACGAUGGGUUACGAUCGAUAUCAAUAAUUAUAAUACUGCAUUGCAUUGUUUUAAUAAGGGAGGAUCCAGGAAAAAUAAGGGGGGCAUAUCUUAAAAUAGGGGAAAGUAUAGGGGAGGGGAGCUUGAUUAAAAUUACCAGCCUGAGUUAGAAUUCAUAUUUGUAUUUAUCUAUUUUUUGGCUACAGAGAAGGCUUCAUCCCCCCCUSUGCCCYCCAGUGGAUCUGCCUUUGUUAAUAUAUUACCUUUUUCAAAAUUGUCCAAUUCUUUCUGCUGUCUCUCAUUUCUCACAACAUUUCCAACUUGAGUAACAAUUUUCUUUGUAAGGUYKCUAUCYUCUAUGGCAUCAUGAGCUUUUUCUUUGUAAAGAAGACUUAUCUUCAAUACUCCAAUUUCGAGUUCUGGUUUGCCUCAGAACGAAGAAACGUAU